AUGAAGUGGCGAUCUGUUUUAGUGACUUUUGUCUUACUGACCGACUGGUGUUUCCAGUCAGUGGCUGGUGACUUUGUGGCCUCUGAUGAACACCUAGACGUUGGCCAUGAUGAGGAUGUACACCCCAACACCCUCAGAGAAACAACUGCGGAUGUACUGGAUGUGAAUACCCAAACAAGCAGGGAUGUACCAGACACAAAUAUUGAAACAAACUGGGACAUACUGGACAUAAACAAGGACAACUAUGAGGAUGCUGACUGGCAUCCUCCUACCUCCUUCCUGGAGACACACUCCGAUGUUUUCCCUGACCCCCCACCGGUGAUGCGCGGCGGCAACACUGGUGUUGACGCCAGCAACAACCAAACCUCCAACCAGACUGUAGGUGCUUCAUCGGCACAGUGUGGCGAGUACAGCAGCCAGCUGAUGUCUAACGGGCAGUGCCGGCUGAUGGCAACGCUGCCCCCUGUGGGAACGUCGCAGAAACGCUGCCCAGAUAUGUUUCGCUGUACAGAUGACAUCUCCUAUUGGCUGCAUGAGAACCAGAACAGAAAGGAGCAGCUGGAGGAGCUGAGGGAGACAAUGUCAGAGCUGCAGGAGGAGCUGAGGAACCACCAGCAUCGAGUCAAGGCCCUGGAGAUACAGGCUGAAGAAAGUGUGAAUUCAAAUUCGACCUUUGAGCAGCGGUUGAGUUCUCUGGAGCUGCGUCAUGCCAAGGCCGACACGCUGCUCCACGUGCACGCGGCGCUGCUGUACGAGCUGCAGGCGCAGCUCCGCAACCUGUCGGCCACCGUGCAGCGCAUGAGCCACAGCACAGGCUGCAUGGUCAACGUCAUCAGAACUACGCCGCCGCUUGGCAUGCGAGACACACUGCCACCAGAUGGACGGUACCUGUCUUUCUGUCCUUCAGAUUGUGCAUCUCUGUAUUACAAUGGUGUUCGCCGCUCUGGUGUUUACACCAUAGUCCUGUCGCCAGGCGCCACCCUGCCUGUCUACUGUGACAUGGAAACCGAGGGUGGGGGCUGGACGGUGUUUCAGCGGCGACGCGAUGGCACCGUGAGUUUUAACCGUGGCUGGUCAGAGUACCGUGAUGGCUUCGGUGAACCACGAGGAGAACAUUGGCUUGGCAACCAGAACCUCCAUCUGUUGUCCAACCAGGGUCACUACAGCCUCCGCAUAGACCUGCAGGACUGGAGCCAUGUCCACAGACAUGCCCUGUACCACAGCUUCAGGAUAGAGGAUGAGGAGAACCAGUACCGCCUCCACGUUUCUGGGUUCAGUGGAACGGUGGAGGACUCGUUCGGUUGGUACCACGACCAGCAGGGUUUCAGCACGCCGGACACUGGCAACAUCUGUGCUGAGAUCAGCCACUCCGGCUGGUGGUUUCACCAAUGUUUCUACGCUAACCUCAAUGGCGUCUACUACAAGGGGGGGCGCUACUCUCUGAGAGCUCAGAAUCUGCUGGGGCCGGACGGCAUCGUCUGGUUCUCCUGGAAGGACUCAGACUUCUACUCUCUGAAGGCGGUCACCAUGAUGAUACGACCACGCAACUACAGGCCACGCCUGUCGCCAUAGUGAUCGAGUGCUUGUCAUUAGUUUAACAGACUGAAGCUCAGCUGGCAGCUUCUAAGGACGCGAGAGCUGCUAGAAAAUCUCCACUGGAGUACCACGUGUAUUCAUAUGCCACUGAAAAUAGUCCCCAACAAAGGCACUAUUUCCUCCUGUUUGAGUAACCUUUGCUAAAAACUACGGUGACAUCUCCUUUGUGAACCAGUGGGCUUGGAGCUGAGAGCUACAGGCAAGGUGGGGUAGUAC